AUGCCUCAACAAAACUCUUUUUCGAGCUACUCAGACACUUUACGGAACCUCAAACAGCGCGCAAGCACCUCAGAGACGUCCUUCCGCUCCGUUGGCCACCAGAUAUACAACCACUUCGACCAAGUUCCCGAGCUCGAGUCGCAAUGGGCUCGGCGUGUCGCCACAUACGCGGCUAUUGUCGACGAUUCCCAGACUGCCGCCACCAGACUCUCUGCUGUCAUCGAUAUGUACACCCUUCUACAACCCGCGUUCGCCAAAGCGCAGCCUGGCGACGUUAUACACGAACUGGGGACGUUCAGAAAGACACUCUCCGCCACCGAUGACAGUUACGCGUCCCGGCUGGACACCCUCGGUGGAGAGAUCGACCUAUUUUUACACCACACGGAGAUAGUGCGCCUGGUGCCUGCACUGACCACAGGGAACGCACUCCCGCCCACCGGCGGACAAAACGUCUUCAACGAAAACACGAACUCUCGGCAGGGGGUAAUCGCGAACAUACAGUACCUCCUACACGAGAUCCAGGAGCAAAAGCCGCUGUUCGGGGUCAUCAGACAGAUUGCAAACGAGCUCAUCUCCGAGUUUGAUCGGUACUCCGCAGGCCUCGAACCUUUCAAUGGCAAACCUUCAACCACAGAGAACGCCGACGCCGCUCGUCUCGUACAUGCGGACAUCGCCGCGCGUGGGACAGAAUGGAGAGAACUCGCCCAAGUGCUCAGCAGGGAGUACGCCAGGCGUUAG